AUGAAGAAAUUGUGCGAUUUUAAGUGUCCUAAGAUACCUGUAGUAAGAAAAUGCUGUUUUUGUAUACCUACCUAUGUGGGAAUAGCCGUUUUUGGAUAUGCUGAUCUUACUCUAGCCCUUGUGGCUUUUCCAAUGCUCAUGUAUGAGAUGGUGGAUGAGCUGACGAGUGACAAGCCUCGAGGAGAGAUGCGGUACAGCGACCCUGCAGUGCAUCUCCCAGUGAUAGUAGCUGCAGCACUAGCAGACAUUGUUUUAACUGUAGUAUUGCUAAUCGGAACACAUAGGAAAAACAAAUUGAUACUUAAGAUAUACUUCUACUUCGCGACGGUUUCUCAGCUGAUGACGUUGAUUGCUGACCUACCAUUUUACGACUACACCGAACAUAAAAAGAAUGCUGUCUACUUAUUUUAUGUAGGGCUGAACAUCUACCUGCUGUUCCUGGUCCACAACGUGGUCUACGCAAGAGAGGAAAAGAGAGAGAUUCAGUACAUCGCGUAUGAUACGCAUCAGGUCACCGUGUAG